UAAAAGUUUAAAACGUAAAAGACUAAAAGAAAGAUGAGGUUUGUUCCCUUGAAAACUUACUAGAGCAGUUGGUGGAUGCACGAAUUGACACACAAUGCCAAUUGAUUAGUCGAUUGAUUUGUCUAGUGUUAAUGCUGCUCGUUUCAACAGCUACUACGAAGAGAACCUUUUCAACAAUGAAAUAUGUGAGAACUGAUUUGCUCAGCAAAAUGAGCGAUGAAUUUCUUGCCGAUUGCUCAAUUAUUUUAUUUGAAACUCUGUAUACUAUUGGUAUGGAUGUAGGCUCCAUUAUUGAUGCAUCACUAAAUUAAAAUACCGUCGUGUACAAUUUCCAUUGGAAAAUAACUAUAAUCAUUAUGUUUUUUUACUAUUCAAUUUUCUAAUGAAACUCGGCCCAGUGCUCUUCUGUGUUCUGGAUCCGCCGCUGGUUAGGACGCGUUGUAAGAAACCUUCAGUUGAUAUGAUCUUCCAUGCAAAGACUCGAUCAUUCCUGGUAUUCCAAAGAGACUAGCAGGUAAUCCCAGACUCAAGGGUGUACGUGUUGCUAAUGUCGAACGUUGGUCAAGAGCUAGCCCUGUAAAUUGCUUCCGAAGAAUAUUUGGUCUUCAGAAGGUUGAAUGACUUGCAUCCAAGGUAACCUAGAAAACGUACAGUCCCGCAACACAUGCAGGACUGUCUCGGGGGCUUGGUUGCAGUACGUACAUACGCUGGCUCGGACCAGGUGAUGACGUUGUCUCUCCGUGUUGGUGAGUAGUCUCUCUUUAGUUGCUAGCCAUAGGAAAUGGUUGACUAGGGGGCAGACCUUUCCAUUGCCAGAACGCUUUCCAGUCCAACUCCGGGGCAACAUCCUCUAACUUUGCAGCUAUGCGGUAGGAGCCCCAAAUGCAUCCGCCAUGGAGCCCCAAAUGAAUCCACGUAUCUUCUGGUUAAAGGAGGAUUUACAAUCCUUCAUGCGAGAGCAUAUCAAUUUUCCAUGAAAGAAAGUAUUCUUUAGCAAAUAAAGAUUUGGUCUAAUGGUAAUAUCACUAGUCUUGAAUGUGAAAGUCCUAUAUUCGAAUCCCUUCAAUAACACAUAACUAUAAAAAUCAUCAUUAUAAAAGAAGGCCUCUUUACACUGGACGAGAAUACUUUCUAUCAUAUCUCAAUGCCAUUUAUUUUUAACCAUUGAAUUAAUUUCAUUUAAAUUGGAACAAAAUUAUGAUAAUUUAAUACAUGGAUGAAACAUAUUCAAGGAUAAGGUAUUUUCUUUUCCUCCAUAGAUAAUGGAAUCAAAUAGAUAGUUAAAGUAUAGCAAGCAAGCAACGACAGUAGGCAACUAGUUGCAUUAUCGAUGAAAGGAUCUUAUGAGCCAUUAAAUGAGCAAUCUUGUUGUAUUUGCGAGAAGUAAAGUACAAGAGAAAAGAGAGAAAGCAAGACUCGCCAACCGAAUCUCCUUAACAACUGCUCCACCUAAUCCACGAGCCACGUCCCUCUCCCGUAGUCGUAACAAUCGGAGCCCGGCCAAAGAUACACCCAGUCAGUUCGUUCGCUUUAAUCAGUACCGGCCACCGACCUCAACGCGACACAGUGAACACCUUGUACAUCUUCCGCAACCAUCUUGACAAUGAAUUUAGGUAUUCCUCAUAAAAAUAUCAAAAGAGUUUUGGAAAGCGAACAAAAAAUUAGCAAUUGUACUCACAAUCGGACCUGAGGCCGAGUUCUCAAACCCCAGAGGGAGCCAAAGAUCAUUUCUACUCAAAGGGAUUUUUAUUCUUUAUUCUCUAUGCAGAGGAAUGAACAAUUGCAGUAAAAGAAUUGGGUUUUAUGAGAACCAACAAUUAAUAUUUGAAUUCUGCCAAACUAGAUAAAAUAUAAUUGUGUUUUAUUUCGAUUCUCAAUUGAAACGUUCUUUUUCACAUUGUCAUCUUUUCUUUCGUUUGUAAAACUAGCUUUCCUCCCGCCAAUUCAGCCCUGUGGCUGUUCCUAGAAAACAAAUUCGUUAAAGCUAACAUACCCUUCUUUUUUGCAUCCAUUCUCCAGCUUCACUUAAUCCUCUUCCUAACCUUAGAACUAUUUGUUCCUAAUUUCAGUUCAGUCAGUUUCUCCCUCACAUAGCCGUAAAAACCAAUUUAUAACACAAUCCGUUGAUUAACUGUUUAGCUUCAUCCCCACACAUUAAAACCCAUAUCAUAUCCUUCACCAAACCUUCCAAACAAAACAUCCUUACAACAACAGCAAAAACCUCUUCAAACCCACCCCAAGAACACCUCUCCAUGUAACAUUUCAUAAUAAUCCUAAGGAAUCCAUGGCGACAGCCCUCUAGAAUAUCUCCAGACGCCCCCUCCUCAUCGUCUUCCUCAUCGAUGACACCUCCGAGGAGCGCCAUGGAGUCGUGCUUCGUCUCCACACGAGACGGGGUCGUCCUCCAUGCCAGGCUCUUCAAGCCCACCUCCGCCCAAUUCGCCACCGCGGUGGUUCUGGUUCAUCCUUACUCGAAACUCGGCGGCUGCCAGGUCAUCAUGCACGGCAUUGCCUCCAGGCUCUCCAUCAAAGGGUUCACCGCGGUCACAUUCGACAUGAGAGGCGUCGGAAGAUCAACAGGCAAGUCCUCCAUCACGGGGAUCCCCGAAAUCGAGGAUGUCGUGGCUGUCUGCAAUUGGGUUUCCGACAACUUGCCUGUCAACAGGAUCCUGCUUGUCGGGUCAUCCGCAGGAGCUCCAAUUGCCGGCUCGGCGCUGGAUCACCUGGAGAAAGUGGUGGGAUAUGUGAGCAUAGGCUAUCCUUUCGGAUUGGCGGCUUCAUUUCUGUUUGGGAAGCACUACAAGCCGACGUUGAAGGCAAGGAAGCCGAAGCUGUUCAUCAUGGGGAGUGCAGACUGGUUCACCAGCGUGCGGCAGCUGAAGAGCAAGGUGAAGAGCUGCGAUGGCAGAGCAGAGAUGCAUCUGAUACAAGGAGCUGGUCAUUUUGAAGUAGAAGGCCCUGCUUUCGAUUCCGUCAUGGUCAAUUUGAUUGUAGAGUUCCAUGAAACGCUGUAAAAAGUCGUGGCUUUUUUCCUGUAUGAAAGUUGCAAUGCUCAAUAAUCAAAGUAACGUUCUUUGGGUUCUGGGUUUUAAAAAAAGUGCAUAUCUGAGAGACAUUAGAGAAGUCAGCAAUUUCAGAAUCAUUCGAAGUCAAAUUCUCUACUCAUUAAACGAUAAGUCAACGACAUUGCCUGCCAUGGGAAGUUGUACAAAUCUAGAUUAGCCCUAAACAUUUCUUAUCCUCACUAAUCCUAACUAUCAGCACCUCUACUCAGUCUAAAUCUCGUUCUGCAGAACAAGAUGUUAAAUGGAAAUGGAAACGGAGAUAAGGGAAGUAAGGGUAUGGUACAAGGUGGAAGGAAACAGAGGGAAUUCUUUACAACCCAACAGGUUAGAAGAUGAAAGGAAAACCGGCAGCCAACCACUAGCGAUGGUUGAUUCACCUUUUCCUUCUCCCUCUUUAAUUUCCAGUUCGACAGCGUCAUCAGGUGCUGCUUUUAGCUAUGACAUUUCUUCUGCCUCCUGUGAAAUGGUUUCUUCAAACCUCACUAACGCUCCAUUGGUUGCCCGUGUAUGAAGUGCUGUUCUCCAUCUGUUCGAACACAAAAACAACUCAGUUUAGCAAACAAAUUUAAGGGACAUGU